AUGAAUUUAUUAAUAACAUGUCAACUCUUACUCCAACCAACCAUUACUAUGUUCCCUCCACAUUCUCUAAUCAAACAUACAUUCAUAACAUCUAAAAGGUAUGCAUAUCAAUUUACAUUCACAAACCAAACUCUUUCUUCGCUUCUUAUUGACCAAAUGAAACUAAAAUCUUGCUUACUAUUGUUUCUUUUUGUGGAGUGUGUUUUUUACAAAGUGGAAUCCAAAUGUGUGAAAGGGUGUGAUAUAGCUUUAGCUUCCUACUAUGUCAUGCCUGCAUUUAAACUCCAAAAUAUAACAAACUUUAUGCAAUCAAAAAUUGUGUCAGAGUUCAAUUCUUCUGAUGUUUUAAUCAGAUACAAUAGACACGUAGUAUCCAAUCGCGCUAAUAUCUUUUCCUAUUUUAGAGUCAACGUUCCAUUCCCAUGUGACUGUAUUGGAGGUGAAUUUUUGGGACAUGUGUUUGAAUACACAUCAAAUGAAAGAGAUACUUAUGAUUUGAUUGCAAAUUAUUAUUAUGCAAGUUUGACUUCAGUUGAACUUUUGCAAAAGUUCAACAGCUAUGAUCCAAAUCAUAUACCUAUUAAGGCUAAGGUUAAUGUUACUGUCAACUGUUCUUGUGGGAACAGCCAGAUUUCAAAAGAUUAUGGGUUGUUUAUUACUUAUCCGUUAAGGUCUACCGAUACUCUUGAGAAGAUUGCAAACGAGACUGAACUUGAUGAAGGGUUGAUACAGAAUUUCAAUCCUGAUGUCAAUUUCAGCAAAGGGAGUGGGAUUGUGUUCAUUCCAGGAAUAGAUCAAAAUGGAGAUUAUGUUCCUUUGUAUCCUAGAACAGCAGGCCUUGCUAAGGGUGCAACUGUUGGCAUAUCUAUAGCAGGAAUAUUUGGGCUUUUAUUACUUGUUAUCUGUAUCUAUGUCAAAUACUUCCAAAAGAAGGGAGAAAAGAAAGCGAUACAGAAAGAAACUUCUUUGGCUCUUUCAACUCGAAAGGGUAAUGUUGUUUCUAUAUCCAGUGAUGUCUCAGGAUAUGAAACUUCGGGAUCUAUUGGGCAUGCUACUAGCCUUACCGGAGUUAUGAUGGAAAAGUCAACAGAGUUUUCAUAUGAAGAACUAGCAAAGGCUACAAAUAACUUCAGCUUGGAUAGUAAAAUUGGUCAAGGUGCAUUCGGAACUGUCUAUUAUGCGGAACUUAGAGGCAAGAAAACUGCAAUAAAAAAGAUGAAGAUCCAAGCAACAAGAGAAUUUCUUGCUGAACUCAAAGUCUUAACAAGUGUUUAUCACUGGAACCUGGUACAGUUGAUUGGAUACUGUGUGGAGGGAUUUCUAUUUCUUGUAUAUGAAUACAUGGACAAUGGAAACUUAAGCCAACAUCUACAUGAUUCAGAGAGAGAACCGAUUCCGUGGACUACGAGGAUACAAAUUGCUCUAGAUGUGGCGAGAGGCCUCGAGUAUAUUCAUGAUCAUUCAGUUCCUGUAUAUAUCCAUCGCGACAUAAAAUCAGAUAAUAUUUUACUAAAUGAAAACUUCACUGGGAAGAUUGCAGAUUUUGGAUUAACCAAACUUACUGAUGUUGCAAGUUCAACAGAUAACACUAUUCAUGUGGCAGGCACAUUUGGUUACAUGCCGCCCGAAAAUGCAUACGGACGUAUUUCUCGCAAAAUAGAUGUAUAUGCUUUUGGAGUUGUUCUUUAUCAACUAAUUUCUGCCAAAGCAGCUGUGAUCAAGAUCGAUAAACAUAGUACCGAGUUCACUAGUCUUGAGAUUAAGACUAAUGAAUCUAUUGAUGAAUACAAGAGCCUUGUAGCUUUGUUUGAUGAAGUUAUUGAUCAAGAAGGAGAUUCCAUAGAAAGUCUAAGAAAUUUGGUGGAUCCAAGGCUAGGAGAUAACUAUUCAAUUGAUUCCAUUAACAAGAUGGCACAGCUUGCCAAGGAUUGCACAAAUCGAGAUCCAAAAGGGCGUCCAAGAAUGAGAGCUGUUGUGGUAUCUCUAAUGAAACUAAAUUCUACUAUUGAUGAUGGAAAUAUGACAGGUAGUGAAGCACUGAGUCUCACUAUGGAGCAUGAUGAGUUACAUUAAAAUUCCAUUGAGAAACUUAAUACUAUUCUAUUUUGUACUGGCUGUAAAGCUUACUAUACGAGAAGAAGAACAGAAAAAUACAAAAUGUGGAUAAUAAGUAUUUUGAAAUUUGGAUACGUUAUUUGUUUUGAAUUAAUCUGUCACAGCUUGAACCAUAUCACCAUAAAACCGGCAUGAAAAUUUGAAACACUUGGAACAAACAAUGAAGGUGGAAAGCAGAAAAAAAGAGAGCCAUAAAAAAAGUAAAACUACAAUAGACAAGAAGGGUGUGAGAUAGGCAACUUACCAUUAGCUCUUUCUCGAGUACUAUUCAACAACGGCAUUUAAGUGGCUCGUGAAAAACACAUGUUACAAUGAAUGUGAUUUUGGGACUCCUCGAUUCUAAGAACAACUCCACACCCUUCAUGCUGGCAAGUAACGUUGUGCCUGCUACAUUAAGCUUAUAUGAAAAGUAAAACCA